AUGUAUCGGAAGUUGUCUAAGUUAGAACACUCGGAAAUAAAACAACUUCUUACAGAAGCUAAUAUAGAUGUUGCAAAGCAUUACGCAACAAACAAAAAAGCACUCGCUGACCUCAAUGACUAUAAUGGUGCAAUAAGUUAUGAUAGAAUUCAUGAGUUCAUAAAGCCGCAACGCGGCGAGGACGAAGUCCAUGCAAGAGCAUUUCCUUUAAAUGACGUUGCUAUUGACUUAUAUCAUAGACGUUCAGUACCUCAUGAAGUAAGAAGAGAAAUGUUUGACAUAACAAAUGCAAACGUUGGUGAAACAAGAAGAAGAGACGACACACUGAAACAACAGAGAAGAGAGAUGUUUAAGAGCGCUAUAGAACAAGUUCGCAAAGCUAACGAUGUCAUUCGUUCCAUUGACGACAAACCAAAAGAAGGUGAGAGAUGGUUAAAGAAAGAUGAAGAGAAUAGGAAGAGAAAUGUGAAGUCAGGCAAUAGACUCAUUGACUUUAACAUCGAAGCUUUAGAUGAACCAAACAGAGACUACUUACACAAACAUUUCGGUAAGGUUUUCAUGAGACUCUUAGAGAAAAUUAAAAUAAACUCACAACAGAGAUGGAUGGUAUGUUAUAAACUUGGUGGAAAGUAUGAAUGUUCUACGUUAAACCUCAAUAAUAUUGGAACAUUACUACAUCAGCUCUUGAAGGAGAACUUUAUAUCAGAGAUAGAAGCAAAUGCUGCAG